UGUUCUGAUAAUUAACAGAUAUCCGGGUCCUCUGGGAAAUUAGGGUUUUCCUAGUUUCCUUAUUUAAACGGAAAUCGACAGUGUGAAUUUCGGUUCCCACAGAAUUGAUUGUGUGGUGGUAUUUGUUAGUUGCGUGUUAGAUAUUGAUUACGGUGAAGUGAUUUACAUUUAGUUGUCUUGGUUGUUAUAGUUUUAGGUAAAGGCAUUGAUUGCCACUAAAAACAUAACCAUUGAAACUUCAACAACUAAAAACUUUAAAAAACUUUAAAAUCAGAACAACACACACAUUGAACAACACACACAUAAAAUGAAAGAAGCUCUCUGCGUCGCUAUGGAUCCAUUUAGUCAAUCUUAUAGUUUUCAAAACCUAUUUAACAGUCAAUAUCAAAACACUCAACACCCUUAUAAGUCUGACCCUCUUGAGCCUAGUAUACAACUCUCUGCGUCUGAUGCCUAUGUGUUUGGUUCACAAUGGACUGAAGAUGGCAACAAAGACGCAGAGACUGUGUCCGACCGUAAAGAGCAGCACAAAUGGUCACCAUCAGAAGACGGUGUGCUCAUAAGUGCUUGGCUGAACACCUCCAAAGAUGCAGUGGUUGGAAUGAGCAUAAAGCAAUUUUUGUUUUGGAAACGAGUUGCUGCUUAUUUUGCUGCGAGUCCAAAGCUGGUUGGUUUGCAAAAGAGAGAGCCAACGAACUGUAAACAAAGGUGGGGGAAGAUUAACAAGGACGUGUGUGUGUAAGUUCGUUGGAUGUAAGAUUUUGGCUCUCGUGGAUUUCACGUAUUCUACAGAUAUGCCUUCAAAUCUCGGCAAUAUGAUGAGCAUUCGGAAUCGAGUUCGUGAUAGAACAAUACAUCAAAAAUUGAAAGCUGAUUUGGUUGAGAAUAUAUGACAAAAAUUUGGAACAAAUCAAGAUUACAACUAAUCGACUUUUUCUCGUUUACAAUUUGUAUUUGUAUUUUUAAUAUGUUUUUAUGUCAUUUUUAUUAAAAAAUUUAUGUAUGCUUUUAUUUUAAAUCAUUUUACUUUUGAAAAAAAUUAAGAACUCCUAUGAGGUUUUCCCAUUGGAGGAAAAAUUAAUUAGCACUAACAUAGGUUCUUAACUAAUUAAAUCAUCUUAUUAACCAAUAAUUUAAUCAUAAGAGCCCAUUAGAAGUUCUAAUGGAUGAACUUGCUCUUAGAAUAGAUACCUUUUGUCAACUAUUCCAUAAAUACUUUGUUUAUUGCCCAAAAAUAGAUAUCAUAAAACUGUAUAUGUGGUAUCGUUACCUUCAAAGUUAAAUCCGUGUGUGUAUGGAUCAAUACUUGUAUCAUUUUCUUUUAUUUGAGUUUUAUUAGUUUACAGGUCAGAACAAGUAGGUUUUCAACAAUCAUACACGCCAAAAUGAAAACAGUUGUUGACACUAACUACCUCCUACGAAAACAAAUACUUAUCGAAGACCAAAACAAACAAACGAUAAGAUACAAUUAUUUUUAGAACUUGUAUGCAAAGUUUUAAAUGUUCUCAUUCUUUUUUCCCUUGAAUCCCAAGAGCUGAUACAGCAAAAUUCUAUCACUUCCUCGUUUAUUGACCCACGUUCAUGUUCAUGAAUACGACGACCUACUUCGAGGAUUGCCGACCCUUGUUGUUUAACAUCUCUUCCAAUGGAAUAUGGGAGAAUUUAAAGUCACCCGAUGUGAUUUUUGGGUAUUCUUUGCCACUCAUGGAGAUUCAGAUAUUACUUAUCUUCACAUCGGUGGUCAUGACUCACAUGUUCCUUAGAUGCAUUGGCAUUUCCCACAUCGGUUCCUAUAUGAUAGCUGGUCUGAUUAUGGGACCUCAGCUAUUCGAUCUGAGGGAGAAGUCAACAUGGAAACUAUCGUUGGAUCCUAUUAUGAAUGGAAAUGGACCGUUAAGAAGCUUCUCAGCAUGCGGCUUCAUGAUGUUUACAUUCCUCAUGUCCUUACGGACCAGUAGGCGAGUUGUUUUUAACAACGGACCAUUGCCCGUUGUGAUUGGGAUCUUGACUUUCAUAGUUCCUUUGGUUGUAGGGCUCUGUUUUCGAAACGUCCUCGCUGACAACAUAAACCCUCAUUACAUGCCGCCAAAAAAAGCACUCGCCGAGCGCACGGUGAUCAUUGCAACACAAUCUUCCAUACUCUUGCCCACCAUCACCUAUUUCUUGUCGGAACUCAAUAUCCUCAACUCGGAGUUUGGUCGGCUUGCAUUGUCGGCAUCUGUUAUCAACGACAUCCUUGGCGUUUCUUUCAUUGUACUUGCAUAUUCUUUGGGAACAUACAAAAACAUGUCACACUCAACAGCCUACAUUGACCUUAUCGCGGUGAUCAUCUUUUUUCUCCUCGUCUUUUUUGUUGUAAAGCCGGCCGCAGAGUGGAUAGUACAACAAACACCAGAAAACAAACCCGUGGCGAAUAUAUAUGUGCAUGCUGUAACUUUAACCGUAUUGGGUUCUGCCGUUUACACCACGGUCUUCCAUAUGAAAUACGUCCUUGGACCAGUCAUGAUCGGCCUCGUUAUACCAGAAGGUCCACCUUUAGGAUCCGCCUUAGAAGCCAAGUAUGAGAAGCUCACGUUAAACGUGUUCUUGCCAAUCUCGAUUGCACUCAGUACGAUGCGAUGUGAUAUUACGAGGAUUGUGUACGAGCUAGAUGACAUAUUAUACAAUAUCUUUCUAAUGGUGCUGACAAUCGCUUUGAAACUGGUUGCCGGUAUUGCACCUUGCUUGUACUGCAAGUUACCUCUCAAGGAGUCAAUUGCUGUUUCCAUCCUCUUGAGCUGCAAGAGUUUCCCAGAAAUUUUUUUCUAUGAAUCUACAUUAGAUGAUAAGUAUAUAUCACAAGCAACAUACUCUUUCUUGAUAUUAUAUACGUUAUUAAACUCUGGGAUUGUCCCAGUAGUUAUAAGAAGUCUGUAUGAUCCGAAGCGGAAGUACAUUGGUUACCAAAAAAGGAACAUCUUCAGUUUGAAACCAAACUCCGAUCUUCGUAUUCUUACUUGUGUGCACAAACCUGGGAAUAUCUCUAGAGCCAUUUCAGUUAUCCAAUUAUUUUCCUCGCCGAACCAAGAAUUCCCCAUCAUUGUCACGGUUCUUCACCUCGUGAAGCUAGUGGGUCAGAUCGUACCGAUCUUGAUCUCGCACGACAAGAAGUCGAAACAACUGAUCAAUAACUCCUACAUCCAUACCGUAAACCUUGCCUUCAGCCAGCUGAUGCAAGAGAGCUUUGAUUCAGAAAGUGUGGCAAUGUUCACAGCCCUCUCGCAUGAGAACUUAAUGCACGAAGACAUCUGCAUGCUCGCACUAGACCAGACAACAUCGAUGAUUGUCGUCCCGUCUGGAAGAACAUGGACCAUUCAUGGGGAGUUCAUGUCAGACGAUGUGGCCAUAAGGCGUCUCAAUAUGUCUCUACUCGAACGUUCACCAUGUUCUAUUGGUAUACUCGUGGAUCGUGGACAGUUCAUGCGUAAAGACAAGAGAAAGGACUACAUCAAUGUAUGUGCGAUAUUUAUUGGAGGUAAAGACGAUCGUGAGGCAUUAUCGCUGGUGAAUAGGAUGAAACAUAACCCAAAGGUCCAAGUUGCAGUGAUUCGACUAAUGUCUAACCAAGAAACAGAGUCGACAAAUUGGGAUUACAUUCUUGAUCAUGAGGUUAUCAAAGAAUUGAAGGAUCCAGAGUCAAACAAAAAUAUUGCCUAUACAGAGAGGAUAGUGACCGGUGGUCCUGAAGUGGCUACUAUGGUUCGGUUGCUUUCAGAAGAGUAUGAUCUUAUGGUUGUUGGAAGAAAUCAUGGAAUGUCGUCACUGGACUUUUCAGGACUGUUAGAGUGGAUGGAACUUCCGGAGUUAGGUGUCAUCGGAGAUUUGUUGGCGGUUAGAGAUCUUAGAUCUAGCGUCUCUGUUUUGAUAGUUCAACAACGACAUCAAGCAUAA